AUGCCGCCCUCGACCUGCGUGCGGUGCAACUCGCAAAAGGCCGUUGUCAAGCGGCCCAAAAACCACCACAAACUCUGCAAGGAGUGUUUCUUGACAGUUUUUGAGGAUGAAGUACACCAUACCAUCAUCUCAUCCAAAUUAUUUCUGCGAGGCGAAAAGGUCGCCAUAGGUGCAUCAGGUGGCAAGGACUCAACUGUCCUAGCCUCAGUCCUGAAGACUCUCAACGAAAGACACAACUAUGGGCUAGACCUAGUGCUGCUCAGUGUAGACGAAGGUAUCAAGGGAUAUCGAGAUGACUCGUUGGAGACUGUCAAACGCAAUGCAGUGCAAUAUGAGAUGCCCCUACAGAUUGUUGGCUACGACACACUCUAUGGCUGGACCAUGGACCAGGUUGUUGAAACCAUCGGAAAGAAGGGUAACUGCACCUACUGCGGUGUUUUCAGACGACAGGCUCUCGACCGUGGGGCUAAAAUGCUUGAAAUCAAGCAUGUCGUCACGGGCCAUAACGCCGACGACAUCGCCGAAACAGUUCUCAUGAAUCUCCUUCGAGGAGACCUGUCGCGACUUUCAAGAAGCACGAGUAUCGUCACGGGAAACUCCUCUAAUGAUGUCAAGAGAAGCAAACCGCUAAAGUAUGCCUACGAAAAAGAAAUCGUUCUCUACGCAUACCACAAAAAGCUGGACUAUUUCAGCACCGAAUGCAUCUAUAGCCCCGAGGCAUUUCGUGGCACAGCGCGAAGUUUGAUAAAAAACCUAGAGAAAGUGCGCCCAAGCGCAAUUCUGGACAUCGUCCGCAGCGGCGAAGAUCUUGCUCGUCUGACCCCAGACAAGAGCCAAGCGGCAUGCGCAUGUGACGAUGGCGAAGGCGCUGGUGGCUGCGGUUCCGCGCAGGCGCAAACUGCUGGAAGCGAGCUGGCACAAAUGGAAGCCAGUCUCAAACAGCAAAGCGGAAGCACGGCACUUGAGACCGAGAUUACGACCAAAGCCAAAGAGGUUACUGUCACGCUCCCCGUGCGACCAAGACAGCGCAAAGGCCAAAGACGAGAGCCGACGCCCGGUCAGCUGCAGACACUCGGCACCUGCAUUCGCUGCGGCUACAUGUCCAGUCAAGACAUAUGUCAGGCAUGCACAUUGGUAGAGCGACUAAACAAAAAUAGAGCAGACAUAGCAAUAUAA